CGACUCCAUAUCUUGCCUACCUACCUCAACUCCUCCAUACUUUGAGGUGGCUCAGCCCCCACCCCAAGUCACCUGUUUUGGUCGGACGGCCGAUAAGCACCCAUUCACAAACACCUGUGAAGAACUCGGAAGGGUUCUUAUAUCGACUUGGGUCUUUUCUUUGGCUACCCCCGCGCAAAGGCCAACACACAUUUGAUCCGAUUGCGCGGCUGUCAUCGUUCCUCCAAUCCGCUGUCCCCGCAAGACCAAGAGCUGGUCCAACCAUGUUGACAUAACACGGUCUGUCGACAUGGCCUUUCAAACGAACGUCUUCAGGAAUGGAGCCUGGGUGACGGAGACCAUCGAUCUACAAACUGUGCUCCGGGGCUCGACCACUACCGCGGUCCCUGACCCCCCUUCCCUCCCCAUCCCGCCGACUUGCGGCAUCUUGACAAGGACCAUCAUCGAGAGCCCUAUAGCCCGAUGGGUUCUUCCAGCUCGCCUCAGAUCUGCCCGUCAUAACGAUGUUGCCUUUGUAGGGGACCGUUAUGUGAGCAUCAACGAGUUACGUAAAGAUGGUCAGCUUCAAGAGGUUCUUCGGAAGAACGACUUCGGCUGCCGUAUUCGCAAUGCCUUGGUGAUCGGAAACAAGUACGAGCACUUCCGCGUUAUUGCUGACGAAUCUGGACCCGACCAUAUCAAGAGCGAAGAUGAAGACGACGACACCCAAAUGGCCGACUUCAGCUCUGCCUCCGGCACCGGCGGCUCUCAUGGACUGUUGCCACCACACUUAUUACUCCUCGUUCUUGAAUCCGGGUCCUUCCUCUUCCUCUUCAUCAGGAGGGACCUGCAUGGCAAGCUAGAGUUCGUCGUUUCGCCUUUCCACAACCCAGCGAGAAGACUAGGAAAUCUAGGCUUCCAUGUAGCCGUUGAUCCUCGGUCUCGCUACAUUGCUGUUGCUGAUGCCCAGAACAAAUUUGUCAUUUACGAACUCGAAUCCAUGGAGUUCAUGGGCGACCAGUAUAUGCGUCACAAGUCAAUCAAUCCAAUCAAGACACACUACCCCAGGGCAUUACAGGGUACUAUACUCAAGAUGGAAUUCCUUUACCCCCGUCCAGAGGACGAAGAUCACGUCAUCCUCCUUCUCAUCGUUGUCAAAGGUGACAGGUCCAAGAUGGUCAUCUACGAAUGGGAACGUGGCGAUGAUCUCAGCCAGGUGCUUGCAGAGGAGAAGCGCGGUCAUCGUAUAGCACCGGAGCACCGCCUCCCGUUAUUGAUCAUUCCUUUGACGGUGAGAAGCUCUUUUUUCGCUGUUUCCGAGCACGCCCUCGGUAUCUGCAAGGAUCCUCUCCAGGGCCCUCCAGAUAUCGAGACAAUCAACCCGAUCAGCCACCCCGCGACCCCUUUCCACCAUGGUACUGGCGUGCCACUUUGGACAGCUUGGGAUAGACCGGUACGAAGACGACGUUACUACGACACGAAAGAUCUCAUCUACCUAGCUCGGGAGGAUGGGGUGAUUGUCUUCUUUGAGUUCAAUGCCACAGACAUUCUUAGCGCCGCUAUGAAUGUCGGUGACUGCAACUGUAAUAUUUCCGCCGCUUUCACCACGAUGUACGACGCCUAUUCCGAUGUUGCCAUUGUUGCUGGUGAUUCUGGCCCCGGGAUGGUCUUCCAGCUCAAGCCUCGAGAGCCCCUCGUCGAACUUGGAACUAUUCCGAAUUGGUCGUGUGCCGUUGAUUUUGUCACUACAGAUGCUCUGACUACAUGGAACCCUGAGAGCGGGCCACGCGGAAAGCCGGUUGUGCCCUGGCGACAACGAACAUUAGACAACUUAGCCUCUCCAGACAAGGUCCUUUGUGCCUCGGGAAACGGCCCUCAAGGUAGCAUCACAGAACUUCGCUACGGGCUUCCUGCCAACACAAUCUCGUACUUCGAGCCGCUACCCACGAGAAGAGUCUGGGUGUUUAAGACCAAUGAUGCCAACUGGCCACAUCAAAUGCUGAUGGCAAGCCCCGGUACCUCUGACGUCCUACUCGUAUCUGCCGAUCUCUCGCAUGCGGAGAUGGCGGACCCAAUGUCAACCAAAUUCGACACAGCAUCCCGAACCCUGGAAGCAGCCCAGAGCCCGGACGGUAUCAUCACUCAAGUAUCCGAGAUAUGCAUCACCACCAUCGGCCGAGACCACAGUUCCAGAUAUGACUUCGAUGGCUUUCCUGGCGUGGACGGAAUAGCGGAGCAUGCGGCGGUCAGGGGCAGCUGUGUUUGUGUGUCAACCUAUGCAGAGUCUCGCUUUCAGGUCCAUGCAUUUCACACUGGCAACGCCGAAGUGUCUCUCGCCCAGUCUUAUGUUGUGGACGGCGAGGUGACUUGUCUUACACUCUGCUGUCUCAAUGGCCGAGAAUGUAUUGUGGCUGGCGUGUGGCGACAAAAUAGCCCUUGGAUAGCCAUCUUCACUGCCGACAAGUCUGAAGAGGCUCCCGAACUAAUACGCCUCGAUGUCGACGACAUAUCUCUCGAGCCAGAUGACGGAGAUGCAAUGGACAUAACACCAACCAUUGAGCUUGUCAACACCGUCGUGGCAAUAGCGGAAUCAAAGCAGCAAACGAGCCUGGUUAUGGGGACUCGCAGCGGCCAUUUAUUAACAAUUCAGCUCAGCGGCGCCGCUCCCUAUCACCGACGCAUGUUUAAGGAGAGACUGGGUACGGGUGCGCUGGAGGUACUUGCUGUCGAUGCAUCGUUUCUUCCCAACUCAGUCUUGGUCUGCUGUAGCGACACCCUUCUUCUGCUGAGGAACUUCGGGUCCAGGCGACCGGGUCACUUCGCCACCAGGCACCGAGUGUGGGUGACCGAUCUGAAGCAUCCCGCAACAGCGUCCGUACCAGUUAUCUCCGCCGCAAGCAUACCAACUGACCUUGGCGGCAACCGCAUACCGCUGGUUCUUCUGUCGGGGGAGCGCAUGUCCUUCACGGAGCUGUACUUGCAAGCUGGUCCGGUUCCUAAAAGUCUACCUUUGCCUGGAACACCUUCCAAAUUGCUGUACUCUCAAACGCUGCAGUGUUUGGUCGUUGCAAUACAAAUUGGGCAACAGCCAACCAUCCUGUUCAUGGACCCCGAAACCGGAGAAGACCUCUCUCUCCCUCAAGACAAGCACGGCAACAUGACAGCAUUCAUCAGUGGUAUGGGAAGCCCCGGCGAUAGGAUACAUGCGAUCUACGACUGGUUGUUCGUAAGGGAUGGGAUGACCUUCCAUUACCUCAUCAUCACUACGGCAGGGGGGCGUCUCUUGCUUGUGACCCCAAAGAAGGAAGAAACCCGAGAUCCCGAUGGCAAGAGCAGAACGAAGAUACGAUUCUUCACCAAAUAUAGGCUGAAAGAGCCCGCGCCCAUAUACGCGAUUGUCGGAGACGGUGACAGCAUCGUCUACUGCGCCGGCAACGUGCUUCAUUGGGAUGUUCUUGAUCCCGUUGAGAAGAAGCUUGUUCGGAAAAAGAGCUACGAACUGAAUUCUCCCGCCACCUCACUACGAAUCGUCAACGGCAAGAUAUCGGCAUUGACCCUGAGCGAUUCCGUAGUGGUCAUUGACCACAAGUCGGAACACGAACACCGUGAUAUGACCCAGAUCCAUGCGGAUCAGGUUACGCGGAAAUCGAAUCACUUUUUUGAUGUCGGAGAAUGUAUGGAUGACCAACUAGCCUGGCCAGUGACUUUGCUCACCGGUAUGGACCGGUACUUUACAGCAGUGUGGACUCCAUGGAAGGAGCCUCAAAGAGAGUUGGAACUUGUCGCCGAGGGUCCGCUACCGGCCAGCGUUAGGAAACUUCAACGAGGUCAUGUGCGACCGGAAUGGGUUGCGACGCAACAUGUGCCACAGUACGGCUCCAUACCAAGCACCAUCGACGGAGCCGAGGUGCUGGGGAUUUGCCUCGAUGGGUCGCUACUGCAUUUCAGCCUUCUCAACACUCAAGCAUGGCGAUUCCUGCGCCUUGUGGAGAACCUGGCCUUGAGAAGCCGACUGCUGUUCCCGUACAGCUACGAAGUCUCGGUCCUAGAUGACGAGGAGUACGACGCGGAGGCAAAGGAGACACCCAAGUCGAUGAAGCACAUUGACGGUGACCUUCUUCAACGGUGCAUCGAUUAUCGGGCGUUGGAGAAGAUGAUAUCGGAAGACAGCGAUAUUGACCUGCUGCGGGAGUAUCUGGACGAUCUGGACGACGGAGACUGGACAGCAUCAUUCCAGGACGCCAACAACAUUUCAAAGUACUUUGAGUUGGCCUACAACAUCCUAGACUAUUACCUGGCUCCUGUCAUUUGAGUCAUGGCGUUGAGCAUGGCGACACAGGGGAGGAGAAAAUGAUGCCUCGAGGGGGCGUAUUGUUGGAAGCUGCGCUGGGUUAAGAGUCGUUAGACUGGGUAGAAGAAAAGUCAUCAUCACAUAUUGGUGGCUCGUGGCUCUUGACUUCAGCGAGAAAACCCGCGUGAUGCGAGGAUAUGAAGUCUAGGGGCGAACGAGUCUCGACAGAAAGAGAUGCGUCACGACGCUUAGACAUGGUUACAUCAUGAAAAUGUCUCAGGUACAUCGAUAACCUCAGAACUCCCGUUGUGGGGGUUGGGCUGAGGGGCUCGCCAAUGUCGCCAUGAGUAGGUACCCAUUACCAGUGUCGCAUCUGUAAUGGAGCAUUUUGAGUGGCCGACACUUAGAUGGAAUUUUGUUCGAGUCGUGAGUGGGCGACAUGUGGUCGUCCUGCCCUAUUUCUUUACUAACAAAAACUUUUUGCUGAGCGGACGGGGUAGAGCCACACUCGAAAGACGACCCUAGAAUGGCUUGGAUAGCCAUACGUACCCUCACCACUCGUUCAAUUGGACUC